AUGGGUAAUAGUUUUCAGGUAGACAUGAAUGGAAAAGGAACCACGGACUGCGGAGAUUUCUUGCCAUUUCACUCCAUCUACAAAGGAUGGCCAAUGAUGAGCAUCUUCACUAGGAUUUUUCCUAUUUCGACAGAUGGCAAUGGUCAUAUUGAGCCUGAUGAGCUUCAAGAUUCCUUAAUGGAGGAUGGAGCACACGAUUGUGCAAAUGUAGCAAAGGACAUAUUCCAGGAGGUUGACUCAGACAAGGAUGGAAGAAUCAGUCGUGAUGAAUUUGUUGCUAUGAUGAAAAUGGCACGGACUGGAGAAAGGCUUCUUGGCAUUACUUAA